CAAGCUGCUGACGCUGCACUACCAAGAGAAGCUGUUUCGUAUUAGCGUUCACAUUCAUCGAGUGCUUUCCCUGUUCAGCAUUGGGGGACCUGUUGCCUGUCAGCGCGCGGGAAACGUGUCAAAUUCAGUGGUGUUCAGUGUUGCAUUCGAGAAAGUUUGAGCCGAAAUGAGGGGUUAUUAUCGCCAGUGAGAUACAAGUAGGUAAACAAAGACAAAAAGCAGCGCUAAAUAUAAACUCUGACGUCAUCGAUAAAUACGAAUUGUAUCAACAUGAACAAUUUCAGUAAAUAGCACGUGGAUAAUAAAAAAAUAAUAAUUGAAGGAUAAGUGUGACGCAGAAGCCGUCAACCUGGGUGAUUAUGACGUACAAAUCAACGAUGAAGAUUUAUAUUAACGACUUGAACCUUGAUGAUAUCAAAGGUGACGAGGAGGAGGAGAUCGAGUGGGACUUAGUCAAGUGUGAACCCAAGACCACUUGGUAUAUAUUCGAGGAGAAAGAGGCGCCGACUUGGCGACUAUGGGGCGAAGAAAAAACAGAAGACGCCAUCUAUACCGUGUACCUGAAGAAGGUUCGCUACCAUCAUCCUUCCAGGAGUAUAACGCAAGAAUCUGACGAUGACGAGAUAUCCCACCUGGAAUGGGAGACCGUCCGGGUUCGGUUCCUCAAGGCGGGAACCCUGGAGAAGCUUAUCGAAUCCCUGGCAUCUGAUUCCGGCGAGUUAGAGUCGACUUUCGUGAACGUCUUUCUUGCGACCUACCGCACCUUCGCCUCCACCAAACAAGUCCUAAACUUAAUUCUCGACCGCUACCUCGCCCUUAACUCAAGUAGUAAUAAGAUAAAAAUACCACCACAUCUCCGGGAAGAUCAUAAAAAAGCUUUGAGAUUAACCCUGCAAGUAUGGCUGGAUGCCUACCCAGAGGACUUCCGGGACCCCCCCAAGUUCACGUGUCUGCAGCAGCUGCGGGAGUUCACGAGGGCGAACCUCCCGGACUCCGACCUCAACAUCAAGGUCGGAUACAAGCUCGAGAAGAUGAGGAAAGAAGAAGAGACUAAAGGUUCUCCCAUGUUAGAAAGGAUAUUGUCAUGUGAAGAGAUGAGAGUCCAUUGUUCCUCGCCUAUGAAAAAUGGACACCACCAGCCUUAUGAAUUCCUUGAUAUCUCAGAAGAAACUUUUGCCCAGCAACUAACAAGAAUGGACACUGUUCUCUUCAAGGGCGUUGUGGCCCAUCAGUGCCUCGGUUCAGUCUGGUCCAGAAGGGACCGUGGGCGAGGGGACUCUGCAGCAACAGUGACAGCUACAGUAGACCAGUUUAAUGCAGUCAGCUUCCGUGUGCAGUCUACUAUCCUUGUGGACACUGAACUCAAGCCUUCUCAGCGUGCCAGACUCAUAGUCAAGUGGAUUGAUAUUGCUCAAGAGUUGAGGAUGCUGAAGAACUUCUCUUCCCUGAAGGCCAUCAUUUCAGGAUUGCAAUCAAAUCCUAUAUACAGAUUGAAGAAAACAUGGGGUGCUGUUAUAAAGGAUAAGGCUGAGCUCUUUGAGGAAUUGGCAAGAAUCUUCAGCGAAGAAAAUAAUCAGCUGAACCAGCGAGAGUUACUCAUGAAGGAGGGGACUGCCAAGCAUGCAGAAACUGCUCAUGCUAAUGACAGACAUCUUCCAAAGGCACUAGAGAAAAUGGCAAUUAACCCAUUGGCUGUGAGUUAUGGAACCAUUCCAUAUCUUGGCACAUUCCUGACGGAUCUCACAAUGAUUGACACAGCUAUUCCAGAUACUGUGCCUAAUGGCCUCAUUAACUUUGACAAGAAACGUAAAGAAUUUGAGGUUCUUGCUCAGAUACGUCUGCUACAAGGUGCAGCUAAUGCAUACCAGAUGGUAAGGGAUGAGAUGUUUGAGAGAUGGUGGGACUCAGUAUUGGUUUUAGAUGACAAAGAGGCUUGGAGGCUGUCUUGUCAGAUUGAACCUCAAGGAUCUUCAGCUCCAUCAUCAACCAGAGAGAGUAGAAUGCGGAAAAGAGCACAAUUUAGUCACAGAAAGAAUGACAGCAUAGCAAGUACUUCUAGUGGAUCAUCUAGCAGUCAGUUCUUCUUUGAUAAUGAUUCAAUCAACAGCCCAACAAGUCACAAUGACACAUGUUCUCUUGAGAGAAAGAUGUCAACUUCAUCAAGCAGCUCGUCCCUACCUUCCCUAGAUGUUUCCGUUCACUCUGGUGGCACUUCCACAUCUGGUCGAACACCAGAUCGUACCUCAAGCAACUCACAGCAGCAGCAGUCAACACAAUCUCCUUAUAUUACUCCAGACUUUUACAUUAUUAGAGUUUCAAUUGAGAGUAGUGCCCAUGAAAUUGAAGGUGUUAAUCUCUACAAAAGUAUAAUGCUGAGCAACUCAGAACGUACAGUCUCAGUAAUUCGAAAAGCCAUGGAGAAGCAUGGAUUUGAAGGCAAUCCAGAGGACUAUACUCUUGCACAAUUCCUACCUGAUGGUGAAAUGCUACUUCCUGCCUCUGCUAAUGUUUACUAUGCCAUCAACACUCAGUAUGACUUGAACUUUGUUCUUAGACGGCGAAGACAUGGUGAUGAAAACACAAUAAUCAGAAAGAAUCCUGUUAAAGACCACAAAAUGAGGAAAAAGCUACUGAUGGCUUAGUUUAAGGAUCUCUUAACUAGUGAUGCAUCACUUACCAAGUGGUGUCAAUCACUGUCUGUGGACAGCUACAGCAUUGGCACUUAACUUGUGGCUUUUCACUUAGUUUAUAUCCAAUACUUCCAUUUUUGGCAACUUUACUUAUCAGUCACUCAUGACAAUUGAGCCAUGAGACAUGAAUAUGCGCCACUGAUUCUCUGGCCCACUCAUUAUACAAUGUAUAAAAUGCAAGAGACAUUUUACACUAAAAUGUUAAAACAUGCGAGGUGUGUGCCUAAUACACAAAUGUGUGUGUGCUUGUGUGUGUAUGUGUGUUUGUGUGCAUGAAUUUAAUGAGAAAUUCAAACUCUGUCUUACAAUGACUGAUUUUUAUUUAACGAUUUAUCUUAACUACUGAAUCCAUUCCCUGUGAAAUUUUUAAAUUCUAAUAUUCCUGGGUUGUAAAAGUGGAAAUUUGUAAAAAAAAAUUUCCCAGGGCUGUGAAUUUAUUCUUGCUUCUCUGGCUGUUAUGUGGUCUUAUGCAUGAUAAUUGUGGGGGGGAUCUCCAAAUUGAUAAUGAUGAAAUCAUGUUUGAUUGUUUUGUAUAGACUAAAUAUUGAGAUUUUUGUAAAACAUUGACAAUCAGACAGAUGCCAUCAUAUUAAAAAAAUACUCAAGUAUUGUGCAUCUACAUGUUCAUUUAAUUUAAUUAUUUUUUUUUUUUUUUAUGCUUUGAAGUUUUCACAUUUAAGCUUUAAUUUUUUAUAUUUUUGGAAUCUGGUGAAAACUUGAAUUUGAGUUACAAAUGUACAUGUUGACCACAAUUUGAUUUAUUUAUUACUCUUUCCUUAGCACCCUUCUGCAGCACCCUUUUAGAGUAGUCUCGUGGGGCAAUGAUAUUUGUCUUGAAUUAGAGACCGAAGCUAAUUCAUGACAACACCACGUGAUAGGGAAAAACAUUUCCUAUUAUCUUAAAAGAUAAUAGAAAAUGGAUUACUGUGCACAUGACUUGCUAUAUAGACCUAAGCUUGUCCUAAAUUACUUUUUUUUUUUUUUUUUUUCAAAAAAAAAAAAAAAUCAAGUUUCUGCACUAAAAAACAAAAAAAAAAAACAAAAAAAUGCUUUCCGUUGUCAGAAUGAAAUCUUGGCCUGAAAUUCUUGUAGAUUUUACCGAAUAAAAAUAUGCAACUAGUAGAUUAUCACCACAGUAUUGGUGUAUUUAUCCAGUGAAAAGGGUUGAGGCCAACUUUAACUUCCUAAUAGCCUUGGUCUCUUUGUCACUCAAAGAGUUGUUUUACAGAGUUCAAAUUUUAUCUUAUGAUAUUGUAAAUACUGUGUAGGCUAUGUUGUAUACUUGUAAAAACACUAUAUUGUUACCUUUGUAAAUAAAUUUAUUAUUUCUU